CGCCGACCCGCCCUUUACCGUGCUUAGAGCAAGUAAGCCCGCCAUAAUCCAUCGCAGCUCAUCUUAAAUAAUUCUCACUUUGGCGUCUUCGACGCCUUAGACGGCGAGAACCACACAGAAACUCCUUCUAGAGCAACUUUAGCUGGAAUAGCCUCCAACUAUCGACUGAAUACCAAGCAAAACUAAGCAAAAUUAUACAAAAUGUGACAGCAGACAUCACAAUUCGGCAUAGUGCCGCCAUUACGCCCCAUGAUGUCUUGUUUUCGCCGAGUAAGAACCCGCAUUAGCUUGUUCCCUGUGGUUAUCAAGAUCGACACGUGGGGUACUUUCAACAUCUUCCACGGCUUCGACGGCUUCGAUAAUUUGCGCCUCGAUCUGAAGCCUGCUUCUUCGAAUUCCAUAAGUAUGCCCGAUAUGCCCGCUAUGUCUCCUUUGGCUUUUCUCUCCGCUGCAAGAGCGCCCAUCCUUCCUUGCUUUUGCUCCCUCGUUCGGCGCAUUUCCCAAUCACAAGAUGGUUCCUUCGACCGUGUUCCUACUGGCCUCGCUCGUGCCGAUCGCAGCUGCGGUUAAGCACGUCGAGAAGCCAACCGUCUUUGUUUAUGUCUGCGGGGAUGAAACAUCGACUAGCUUCCCCGGCGAUCAUGCCUCAACGAGAAGACCUGCGUUAUCUUCCAGCGGCGUUGCCAGUGGUGUCGAUAGCACCACCGCGCCCGGCUCGUUCCUGACCAGCACCACGAUCGGCGAUGCGACCAGCACAUCUAUAAGUAUAGAGCUGUCGACUGAAUCAGCUUCGCCAACUGAUUCGGCUUCGUCGACUGAUUCGGAUUCGUCAACUGAUUCGGCUUCGUCAACUGAUUCGGACUCGUCAACUAUUGUCGAGACUCCCACCAGCAGUGUUAUCACCACUACCGGCAGCACCGUCUCCUCCACGUCCGAAGCACCAACGAGCUCCGCGACCACCCUCCCUCCCACUCCAAUGAGUUGCGCCAACGCGCAGCUGAGCUGCCACAACACGACCGCUGUUGCCGACCUCUGCUGCUUCAAUGCUCCCGGAGGACAGCUGCUCCUGACCCAGUUCUGGGACACUGCCCCCAGCACCGGUCCUGCUGAUGCGUGGACCAUCCACGGCCUCUGGCCUGAUCGUUGCGACGGCACCUACGAUGCCAACUGUGAUGCGUCGCGCGAAUACACAAACAUCACUGCUAUCCUGAACUCGUUCGGCAAGACGGACCUGCUCACUUACAUGGACACCAACUGGAAGGAUUACCAGGGCAAUGACGAGAGUUUCUGGGAGCACGAGUGGGGCAAGCACGGAACUUGCAUCAGCACUCUCGAUACGACGUGCUAUGACAACUACAAGCCCCAAACCGAGGUUGUGGAUUACUUUGAGAAGGCCGUCGAGCUUAACAAGGGAUUGAACAGCUACAAGAUUCUCGCCGACGCUGGCAUUACUCCAUCUCAAACUGCCACCUACACGCUUAUCCAGAUCCAGAACGCACUCAAGGCUGCCCACGGAUUCGUCCCAACACUGGGAUGCAAGAGCGGCGUUCUGCAGGAGAUCUGGUACCACUACAACGUUCUCGGCAGUGUUCAAACCGGCCAAUUCGUCCCAACUGAGCCAGAUGGAACCAAGUCCACCUGCCCCGCCACCGGCGUCAAGUACCUCGUCAAGUACGCCACUGGCACCCCUUCUGGCACCGCGACCGCACCAGCCCCAACUGGAACUGGUGCUCCUUUCUCUGGCAAGGGUUUCCUCCAGGCCUACACCAGCGGAUCUAACAAGGGCUGCCUGAUCGGCGCUGGCACCUGGUACACCACUGGCACAUGUGCUGGAUACACCGCCACUGAAUCUGGCGCCGGAUUUACGCUCAAGUCCAGCAAGGGAGACUGCGGUAUUGUUGACAGCGUGUUCACAUGCGCGGCUGGCGUUACACCGUCGGUUUUCACUGAUUCUGCUGGUCUUUUGGCCUACGAGGGAUCUUCUAACUUCUACACCACUGCUGUCCCAUCUGGGUCCGUGCAAGGAAAGGUUACCACCGCCCAGCAAGCUGUUCUUGUGACUUUCAAGUGGCAGAGCACUUAAGCACUGUAGCAGUGUCUGUACGCAAAAACCAUGGGGUGGGGGGAUAGUGGAUAGUUAAUAAUUGAUAUAUUGUACAAGUUAUCCUAUUGUUUCGAUUGCCAUAAAACUUUCGAGAAGAUAGUUCUGU